AUGGAGACACAAAUGCUUCAACAAGAGUUGAACGAAUUGGGAUCAAAUCUUUUCUUGAACGCUUCUUCAUCGUCGAAUCCGUCUCCGCCACAAUUUCUCAACUCCGAGCCGCUGCCGACCACGACAAUCAACUCUCCUGCGACGCCGCCGUAUUCGCCGCUCGCCGCUGCUACCACCGGAAUCAACAUUAACGCAAGUCCGCGCAGAGAAAUAUCUUCUCCCCAAUACGGUCGUUAUCAUGAUCAUGAUAAUCUUGCUCGUCCUCAUCAAUAUCAGCGUUUCUCGCCUUCCACGCCGAUUGAUGAACUACGCGGAAAUGUUGUAACGGCGGCCAUGAACCAGCAUGGGAGUCGUUUCUUACAGGACAAACUUCGGCACGAGAACCCGGAGAACAUCGACAUGAUUUUCUCCGGAAUGAAAGAGAGUUUGUGGUCUUUGAUGGUGCGCCCGAUUGGGUAUCAUGUCGUUCAGAAGCUCAUUGAUGUCGUGGACGACAAGAAACUUGACGAGAUUCUUGAUCUUUUAACUAGAGAUAUCUUACGACUUGAAGAACUCUGUGCUCAUGACCAUGGAACUAACGUGGUGCAGAAAUUGGUUGGGCGUUUAACUACCCAAGAGCAACAAUUUUUUUUCGCAUCAGUUAUGAGUCAAAUUGCCUUGUCGUUGACUAAGAGUAUUAAUGGCAGUGCUGUGAUUUCCCAAUGCCUCAUAAAUUUCUCUCCUUCUCACAAGAAGCUUCUUCUGCGUGCAAUAGCAGUAUAUUGUCACGACAUAGCACAAUGCAAAAGUGGGUGUUGUAUAUUGCAAAAAUGUUUUAAUGCAGCUGACGACGAAAUGUUCAACAUGCUUGCGGCUGCUAUAAUACAAAAUGCUGACACUCUAUCUGAAAACUGUAAUGGGAACUAUAUUGUGCAGUUUGUAAUAAGCAUGAAGAACCUCGAAGUGAAUAAGCGAAAUUUAGAGGAAAGUUCGUUAGAGGGACAACUUCUCAACCAGUUUAUACAACACGUUGACGACAAUGUAAGACAACUUCAGAGUCAUAUGUACGGUAGAAGGGUGUUGCAAGCAGUGAAUGCGAGACGAAAUGCAUGA